GGAUUGAAUUACGAAAGGAGAACGUUUCCACGUGAAACCGAGUCGAUGAGCGACGGGAUAUCGCACAUGCUACGCUUCACCCCAAAUUUCACGUUCGUUCAAAACGUUGAGUGUCAAGAACAGGUUAACAUUUUUCUACGUGAAUUGAGGAAUUAUAAAUUGUGGGCCAUGGAAAUGUUAGAUUCGAACGCGAAACUGCCAUCCGGUUUGUUGCAAGGGAAUCUGAAUCAAUUCGGGGAUUUCGAUCAAUGCUUGAACGUGAUGGCGUACGAGAAGUGGAACGGAAGGAUGAUAAAGAUGCAAGGGAGAUACUUUUUGACGAAUAUAGACAUCAACGCGACCCAUCCGAUUAUGGAAAAUCUGGUUUUCAGGAUCAAGGCGUAUAACAUGCUCACGUCGCGUUUGUACGAAAGAGGUAGACACUUUUUCCCAAGAUUUCCGGUGAUAAGAUGGGCGUUGUGCCUUCCGUCGGCAUGCUCGAACGAGGACGCACGAAGCAUAAUUCAACACGCGUUGAACGAUUACAAUUCAACGGCGGGGGUUAAAUUUAUAGUUCACGUCGAUUCUAACAUGAAUUACGUGAAGCACGAAUCGUCGAGUUACACGAAAGAGACGAUCUACGUUUUAUGUUUCUUUGCAAUUGUCGCAUGUCUCGUUGUAGCAACAACAACGAGAGAUUACUUGAUGGCGCCACGUGGUGAGAAGGAGAAAGAAAACAGUUUGGAGAGAAUAGCGAUGGGAUUCUCGUUGAGGAGAAGCGCGAGAUCUUUGUUCAAAAGAGGAGCGGGCAACAAUGAUAUCUCGUGCGUGCACGGAAUAAAAUCCAUUUUGGCUAUACUUAUUUACAUAGGACACAAGAUCAUGAUAACGGUUAUAAUUCCCUACAAAAAUCGAAUCCAUUACGUGAACUCGGCGAGCCAUCCCUUGACGACCAUCGUUAGAAUAGCGACUACGUACACGGACUCGUUCUUGUUCUUCAGCGGCAUGUUCGUGUCUCUUAACAUGACGCACGAGUUGACCGUGAAAGGCGAAAUUCGAUGGUUCAAGCGGCUCGUUUCCAGAUACGUGAGACUUACCCCGUCUUUGUUGGCAAUCGUGCUUUAUUACGCGUACGUGAUGGAACACACUGGGUCGGGCCCGGAAUGGAACAUCAUGGUGGAAAAUGCCGAUCUUUGUAAAAGAACCGGUUGGAUGAAUCUGUUGUACGCGCAGCUCAUUCUACCCUUCGAGGAUCAGUGCGCGUCCCAUACGUAUCAGUUGUCCGUGGACAUGCAAUUGUCACUGUUGGCACCACUGUUGGUAUACGUGCUAAAUUUCUGGCCAACGCUUGGGACACUUCUCGUGUUGUUCACCGCCUCGUUGUCCACGAUAUUUCGUUACACGAUACUGAUGAGGAACAACGUUGCCAUGAUCAUUCAUCACGGUUUCUCAACGGAGGAAUUUUACAAUAUGUGCAAUAAUAUGUACAUCCUACCGUUUUAUAGAAUCACGCCGUAUAUCUUCGGCGUGGCAUUUAGCGUGCUGUUGUACCGCGUUGGAAAAAACGUUAAGAUUCCUAAGAUCGUGAUGAAUUUAGGAUGGUUGAUGUCGAUAAUAAUUAUAAUAUGGACAUUUUUCUCGCAAUACGAUAUUGGGAGCAAAGAUUACGUGUUGAACGUUAAAACGCUGACCAAUUUCGUCGUGAUCCAUCAAAUACUGUGGAUCUUGGUCCAAUGUUGGAUCGUGUUCGUGUGCCACACGAACAACGGAGGCGCAGUGAACAGAUUCCUUUCUCACCAUUGGUUCAUUGUCUUUAGCAAGAUAUCGUACUCGUUCUAUUUAAUCCAAUUCGUGUUUUUCUUCUACGAUGUUGCUACCAUCAGAUAUCCGGACACGUUUCAGAUAUUUAAACUUUCCGUCUAA